UACAUUUUAUUUUCAGCUCAAGCUUGUGCAGAUGUUCUGGCGUUAGCCAAAGAAGCGAGAAAGCGAAAUCUUGGCCCUCUUCAUCCUUCCUUUAAUGUGAUAAAGAUAAUAAGAGAUGGACUGAUGAGAAAUCUUCCAGAAAACACUCACCAGUUGUCAUCAGGCAGACUGUUUAUUUCACUAACCAGAGUAUCAGAUGGUAAAAAUGCAUUGAUAUCUAAUUUUAACUCUAAAGAAGAAGUUGUCCAGGCUUUAAUCUGUAGUUCAUUUGUCCCUAUUUAUUGUGGCCUAAUCCCACCGUCCUUUAGAGGUGUGCGCUAUGUGGAUGGAGGAAUCAGUGACAACUUACCUCACUAUGAAUCUAAGAAUACCAUCACAGUUUCGCCUUUCGCUGGGGAGUGUGAUAUCUGUCCAAAGGGGUAUUCUGCCAACUUUCAUGAAAUGAAUGUGACCAACACCAGCAUUCAGCUCAGCUUGGGGAACCUUUAUCGUUUAACACAAGCACUUUUUCCACCGGAACCUAAG